AUGAAUCUUGAGGCUUUGGCGAAGGCUAUGGAAGAUCUCAGAGCUAAGCGUGAAGAUUUGAAUCAAGGGUCACACAGAGGAGAAAGAGGUCGGCAAAAGCUUGCUACAACCGAGGUAUGGCUUAAGAGAGUUGCGACUAUCGAAAAAAAUGUCAGUGAUCUUAUUGGCCGUAGAGAAGAUGAACUUGCAAGACUGUGUCUUUUUGGGUUUUGCUCUAACAGUUUAAUAUCGAGUUAUCGUUACGGGGAAAAGGUUUCCUUGACGUUGCAGGAGGUUGAGGAACUUAAGAAUAAUUGUUGGUCAAGAACAAUGCUCGAUGAUGCAUGGAAACAUCUCAUGAAAGAUGGAGUUGGUACUAUGGGUAUGUAUGGAAUGGGCGGAGUUGGGAAAACAACGCUUCUCAAGCAAAUCUACAAUAAGUUCAGUGAAGAAAGGUGUGGAUUUGAUUUUGUGAUUUGGGUUGUGGUGUCUAAAGAGUUACAUGUAGAGAAGAUUCAAAAUGAGAUCGCUCAGGAAAUUGAUGACAUAUGGGAGAAGGUGGAUCUUAUAGAGAUUGGAGUCCCGAUUCCAGCACCAGAAAACCGAUGCAAAGUAGUUUCACCACUCGUCGCCAAGACGUAUGAAGCGAUCCAGAGAUCCCAACUUGCAAAAGACAUUGCUAGAAAAUGUGGUGGCCUUCCAUUGGCGCUCAAUGUCAUAGGGGAGACCAUGUCAUGCAAGAGAACGGUGGAAGAAUGGCGUCACGCGAUAAAUGUUUUGACUUCGUACGCUACAGAGUUUUCUGGCAUGGAAGAUAAGAUCCUUCCGCUUUUGAAGUAUAGCUACGAUAACCUUAAGGGCGAGGAUGUCAAAUCAUGUUUGCUGUAUUGCGCUUUGUUCCCAGAAGAUUAUCAGAUUUCUAAAGAGAACUUAUAG